AUGUCACCGUUGUCCACACCUGCCCACCAGGCCCUAUGAGAAGAAUGAGAAGUCAUGCAUGCUGUCAGAAUACAUGGAGCGAUACCCCCUUCAUCCCAUCAUUGUUCUCAGAGGCUCAUUUAAGCCAAAGGAAGCGUACAAGAUGGUGCAGAUACCCAUGGAAGGCAUCUCGACUACAAAGAAAGAUUACAGAACGCAUGAAGUGUUGCCACAGAAACUUAAACCACCUGGAAAGCAAGUAAAGGGUAAUGAGAGUAUGGAUAUGACCUCCACUUAUAAACAAGUUUACAACUCUUACCCUAUCUCUCAAGUACCUCCAUGCCUCCCUUGUGUGACAAGACACAUGCUCAGCACCAAGUUGGAUAUAAGAACCACUUACAAAGAUGACUAUGCGCUAUGGAAGCGACCAAAGACAGAGCUGAUCAGACCAAACAGCAGGUUUCACCCAUCAGAAGAAAAAUUUGACCAUAGAACCAUCGUUCAGGAUGACUACCUCUACAGGGGGCCUGUGGCCACUCAAAGCUGCAAACCUCUGAUUCUGGUCCAGAAAACCAAGGAUCCCUUUGAGAAUAUAACCAAUUAUAGAGUGAAUUGUGUGCCACAUCCUCUGGAGAAACAUUAUGUCCAUAAAAAUGAGAAAUGCAAGGUCAAUGAGGUCCCAUUUGAGAGACUCGCUACGGACAAAAUUUCUUACAAGGGGCUUGCUGGUCAUCCAGCCAAGCUUGUAAAACCAUACCAGCCAAAGUUUCUCCAUGAUCUUCCAUUUUCCUCUACAACGGAGUUUCAGGAAAAUUACCAAGCUUGGCCACGGACUCCCAUAUUCACCAAAAAACCUGAUGUGUAUCUUCCUCCUCUGGAGAAAAUGGACCUUUGCACCACUACUCAGAUACAUUACAAGCACCCAAACGGCAGGCCGGUGAAGAUGUGCCAAUCUUUGGCCCAGCUUCAAAGAAGUACUGAGCCAUUAAAUAGCUCCUCUAUAAUGAAAGAAGACUAUAAGCCUUGGCUGUGCAAGAGACUAAAGCCUAUCACUUGUGCUCCAGAGCUGACUUCGCCAGCAAAACCGAUGGAUUUCUUGACUACCUUUCAGAAUCAUUAUGUGCCUCAUCCACUCCCAGUUAUGAAGAGCUAUAAAACUGGCUGGUCAGGCCCGAAGCAUCACACUUUGCUAGAUGCUAAAACGAUCUAUGCUACCAGCUACACACCAAAGGGCAUUGUUAGGUGUUUGGCCUCUUACAAAGACCCACCUGGUUACAUCUUUGAGGGAGUUAAUGAUGGUGGUCAUCAUUUCUAUCUGCCUGCUUCCAAGAGAGAGUGCUUGCAAGAUGGACACUGA